AUGCAGUUCAACAAGGAGGAGCUGAGGCGGCAGGUGGGGGCCGGGCUGGGCCGCCUGCACCGGGUCCUGGAGCGGCGGCAGGAUGAUGCGGAGGGGCUGGAGCUGGGCCCGGGUGGGGGCUCGGGGGGGGCGUCCGGGGGGGGCCCCCCGCAUCCCCCAGUGCUGGACUGCACGUGCUGCGGCCUCCCCCGGCGCUACGGCAUCGCCAUCCUCUGCGCCAUCGGCUUCUGCAUCAGCUUCGGCAUCCGCUGCAACCUGGGGGUGGCCGUCGUCAGCAUGGUCAAUGGGGUGCACGGGCAGCGUGCCCAGUUCAACUGGGACCCCGAGACGGUGGGGAUGAUCCACGGCUCUUUCUUCUGGGGGUACAUCGUCACUCAGAUCCCUGGGGGCUUCAUCGCCCAGAAGUUCGCAGCCAACAGGGUCUUCGGCCUCGCCAUUGUCUCCACGUCGCUCCUCAACAUGCUGAUCCCGGCGGCCGCCCGCACCCACGUGGGCUGCGUCAUCGCCGUCCGCGUGCUGCAGGGGCUUGUGGAGGGCGUGACCUACCCGGCGUGUCAUGGGAUCUGGAGCAAGUGGGCCCCACCCCUGGAGAGAAGCCGCCUGGCGACCACGGCCUUCUGCGGCUCCUACGCGGGGGCGGUGGUGGCCAUGCCCCUGGCCGGCGUCCUGGUGCAAUACACGGGCUGGAGCUCCGUCUUCUAUGUCUAUGGCAGCUUCGGAGUGUGCUGGUACCUGUUCUGGGUGCUGGUGUCCUACGAGAGCCCAGCCCAGCACCCCACCAUCUCCCCCGAGGAGCGCAAGUACAUCGAGGAGAGCAUCGGGGAGAGCAUCGGCAGCAACCCCCUGCUGCUGGCCACGCCCUGGCGGCAGUUCUUCACCUCGAUGCCUGUCUACGCCAUCAUCGUCGCCAACUUCUGCCGCAGCUGGACCUUCUACCUGCUGCUGAUCAGCCAGCCCGCCUACUUCGAGGAGGUGUUCGGCUUCGAGAUCAGCAAGGUGGGGCUGCUCUCGGCCCUGCCCCACCUGGUGAUGACGAUCGUCGUCCCCAUCGGGGGCCAAAUCGCCGAUUUCCUGCGCUCCCGGGGGCUGAUGUCGACCACCAACGUCCGCAAGAUGAUGAACUGCGGCGGGUUCGGUAUGGAGGCAACGCUGCUGCUGGUGGUGGGGUACUCGCGGUCCCGUGCCGUCGCCAUCUCCUUCCUCGUCCUGGCUGUCGGCUUCAGCGGCUUCGCCAUCUCCGGGUUCAAUGUCAACCACCUGGACAUCGCCCCCCGCUACGCCAGCGUGCUGAUGGGGCUCUCCAACGGGGUGGGGACGCUCUCAGGGAUGGUCUGUCCCCUCAUUGUGGGGGCCCUCACCCGGCACAAGACGCGGGAGGAGUGGCAGUGGGUGUUCCUGAUCGCGGCGCUCGUGCACUACGGGGGCGUGGCCUUCUAUGGCGCCUUUGCUUCGGGGGAGCCACAGCGGUGGGCGGAGCCGCCGCGCGAGGAGGCGGAGCCUCUGGCGCCCAGGGGCGGGGCCAGCGACGACGAGGAGGAGGGGGAGGGGGAGGAGGAAGAGGGGGGCGGGGGGGGACCGCCGGGUGGGCCCCCCCCGGGAUAUGGGGCUACCGGCACCACCCCCACCCCUGGCCCCCGCGGGGAGACCUAUGGGUGAGCCCCCCCCUCCCCACCCCCUACACUGGGGACCCCCCAGGGACCCCCCCCAACCUCAAGCCUCCCCCCUGCCCCACCCCCCUGGUGCCCCCAGGACCCCCCACGGCCGGCCCCC